GGCACGAUCGGCCCAAGCGUUGGCUUGUGACACAUUUAUCUGUCUUCUCGCGUGGCGUCUUUUUUUAAGUGAUUUUAUGUCCUGGUAAAUUAAAAUAGUUUUAAAUUAAAAGGUUUUAUUUUUAAUUUAAGACAAUUUAAAUUUUGAUGAAAAUUGCACUAUCACUUUUUUGUAUAUGAAAAAUGAUAAUAUGAAGUGAAAUGAAAUGAAGCUGAUUAAUAUGAAACAUGGCAUUGCAUGAAAUGAAAUGAAAUGAGAUGAGAUAAAAUGACAUGGGAUGAAAUAUAAUCUCAGUAAAAUGGCGGUUAUUUACGGAGACUUUUUCAGUGGACUUUUUGGAGGAUCUCGAGAAGUUACGUCCAGCGCCUCUGUUUUAUUUUCCCACUCACGUGACGUCAGAGUUAACAGUUCGAACAAUUAUCUUAAUGGCGUUAUCACGUAAAACUAUCGUUCGUAAACCGGCUUUCGUUUAUGGACAAAGUUACUUGCAUUGUUGUAAAAUUAGUUUAAGUUCUUUAAAUUGUCAAUACUAUCUGUAAAUUCUGUAGAACAUUAUUGAAGACGACAAAAAAUUAAGAUGGACUUAAAAGUAUUGCCACAAUAGCAGAUACAAGUGAAAAAAAAAACGGAGGUCAGCAAUUACAAUUGUCAAAAAAUAAAUAUGUCCGACAUUUAAUCGUGACCCGUGAUAAUUUUAAUUUGAACGAUAAUAUGAUAUCAUUUUUCUCCAAACUAUCUUUAAACAACUCUUCAAAACAGCCAGUGGAGGUCGCUAAGCCCGCAUAUAUGGACAAAAGUGCUACAUUACAAGAGCUCGGCUACAAAGACGAGAAUGAGUUGAGAGAGACAAUAUAUGACUAUUUGAGGACAAUUCGAGACCCCGAAAAGCCAAAUACGCUUGAAGACUUGAAGGUCGUGUACGAGGAAGGAAUCUUUGUGAAGGAACCAACUGCAGAUAAAGUGCCCGUUUUACGUGUGGAGUAUAAUCCAACAGUGCCCCAUUGUUCGCUGGCCACACUAAUCGGACUUUGCAUUCGUAUUAAAAUAUUAAGGUCUAUCCAUCAUCCUGUGAAAUUGGACAUUUUUAUCAAGAAAGGGGCACAUACCACUGAAGAUGAAAUCAAUAAGCAGAUCAACGACAAGGAGAGGAUUGCAGCUGCAAUGGAGAAUCCCAAUCUAAGAAACCUGGUGGAAAACUGCAUAGCCGAAGAGGAGUAAAUCAACCCAACAACAAUUCUCUAAAAUGGCACCUGAAGUCGCAUUUUCGAAUAUAACUGACAAAAAUGAAUUCACGAAAUUCACAAAGUUUUUAGCGUACAAAGGAGUACAAGUUAUAGUUGAGUCUAGAAAAGGAGUUAAAAUAGAACCUAACAGUAAACCAAAGACGUCAGACACUGAUUGGUUUAAUUUACAGAUACCAGAUUCCUCUGAAGUAAAUCAGGCAACUAAGAAUGCUUUACCUUCGGAUCGUGUACUGGAGACGAUAAAAUCACAAUUACAUGUAGAAAUAUCUGUUCAAACAGAAGAUGGAGAUGAAAUGGUACUAGAACUCUGGACUCUUCAGCUAGACGAAACCCAAUUCGAUACAUCAUUGAAGGCAAUGAACACAGUGUAUUUUAGAAUGGGCAUAUUGUUAAAAUCUCUUAUAACUAUAACAAGGAUCACACCGGCAUAUCAUUUGUCAAGGAAACAGAGACUGGAAUCAUUCACUAUAUUCUACAGAGUUUACAGUGGCGAGGCAAAAUUGAAAGCUCUUGGUGAUUCAGUGAAAACUAUUCAAGCCGGCCUCUUAAAAACACCAUUAGGUGCUUUAGUCUUCUCGGUAACGUACCGUACAAAUUUUUCAAUAACUCCUAACCGUUCAGACAAUAACAAAGCAUUGUUAUUAAAGAGUGAUCACUUUGAAUUGAGUCCGAAACAUGUCAUAUUUGAAUCAAAAAAGAAGAAAGAAGAAAAAAGAGAGUCGAAACCUUCAGGACCCAUCGAUUUGGACAAGCCCUUACGCUUAGCUGCUUUUGUAGAUGAAACCUUAGUUAAGAGGACAUUUGAAGAAUUCUACACGAAAAUUCCUAUUCCUGAUCACUACAGACCUGAAAAAUUGCCUGUAUCUCCUGUUAAAGAAAAGGAAAUCAUGUCUAAGAGCACACAAGAAUUAGAUGACAGUGCAGCAUCAAAGAGUCCGAAUUCUUUAGAGAUGCCACCAAAGAAAUUCUCUGGAUUCCGUCACGAAAACGAACCACCAAUAAAACUGUUAUUGUUCCCUUUUGCUGACACACAUCCUAUACGAGAACUAGCCGAGUUUUACAAAGAUUUCUUUAAUGCGCCACACUUGAAGUUGACAGAUGAGCUAACACAAUCGAACAAAAGCUUAGAGCCUGUUUUAGAAGACGUAGAACUAACCAACGAAGAUUUGUCUAAAGAUUUGGAGCUGUAUGAGAAUUCAGUUGUUGAGUUUGAUGAAUUGUUGGCCGACAUGUGUAGAUCGGCUGAGUGGAGUGGGAAUUAAAUAUAGGUUAUGGGUCUUAAAUAUAAAUUAAGACAUUUCAUGUCCCAGGAUGCUAAAUUAAAAAAAAAAACCUUAAAUUGCAGAUUGAUUUGAGUGGGAGCGUUUAAUCUGUAACUCUUAAUUACCAAAAUAGUACAGUGUGAUUAUAAAAAUUGGCGUGAUUCGUACUACGCUAACAAGAAACUCGCCAUUGCUGACGGUCUUAAUGUUAUCUUUUCAUUCUACUGGGAAUUGAGGAUUUCUUUAUGUUAUUGAUAUACAGAUCAAUCUUAUUCAAAAGCAACAUGGCUAUAGUUGAUGUACCAUGGUAUAAGAAAGCUUGGUAUUUAGCAAGUAAAUAGCAUUAGAUUUGCCAAAUUUGAUAUAUGUUUAUGAGGGUCUACAAUGACUAAUGAUGUGGUGUUUAUAUCAUCAUCCAAGUACUUAGUCAAAACCAUAUCCAAAGGUCUUUUCAAACAAAGGUCUAUAUACAAAGAAUAUUGUGCAAUAUGUCAAUGGAUAGAACACAAAACGUAUACAAAUAAAAAUAGGAUUAUACGUCAAAUAUUUACUUUAAUUACUCCAGCAUUAUUUUUAAUUAUUAAGAAACGAAUUUUAUUUGUAAAAGAGAUAAACUUACAAAUAAAAUUCUCAAUUAUGUAAAUUCUCAAUUUGGUAUUUUUUUUUUAAAUGGCAAUUCUUCUUGGACGUGAAAAUGUGAAAAUGGAAAGGCGAUGGGAUUUAGAUGUUUUGGGCAAAGACUGAUGAGAUGUAAAUGAAUGAUAUAAACAAUAUUCCUAUGAUUAUUAGAAUAGAAACAAAAUGGAUUUGUAUGUUAAAAUGUUAGUUCUUAAUAAACUACCUAUUUAAAGAAAA